AUGUUGAAUGCAAGAAUUGUUGAAAUUCAAACUCAACCCGAUGAAGAAAGACAGAAAUCUGGCAAUGCAGAUGCUGUUCGAAAGGCUAAUUCACAGAAGGAACUUGAGAAGGAGAGAGCAAUGAAACAAGAAGCCGACAAGGAAACUCAAAAACUUAGAGUUAAAGUCACCGAUUCAAAAGCUAAAUUGGUGGAUGCUGGUGCUACUGGAGCUUCUAUUGCUAAAUUGAAAGCAAAAUAUGAAACAGAAUUGGAAGGAAUCGAAAUGGAAAAGAAAAAAGCACAAAACGCGGCUGCUAAAGCUAAGAAACAAGCUAAACAGUAUACCAGAAAGGUUGAAGAGGCUGAGAGAAAGCUUGUAGAAUUUGAACGGAAAGAAUCCACAUUCAACACUCAAAUUGGUAAGACACAAGCCGAUUUGAAAAAACACAACAACCAGUCAGAGACGGCCAAUUGA